GACGAUGAGCUGAAGUACACCCUCAAGCGUCUGGUGGAAGGACUGGGAGCCACCCGCGAGGCCGCCCGCCCUGGCUUCAGCUUGGCCCUGGCACAGGUUUUACAGGCUUUUGAGGAAAUUCCAAUUUGCAGUGUCCUGGAACAGAUAAAGGAAAAACACAAUCUGGAAAAAGUGAAAAAGAAACUUGUGAGAAAUGCUGCUUUUGGAAACUUUUUUGGAGUUAUGGCUCUGUUUCAAUCUGGCCGGCUUGUUAAGGAUCAGCAAGCUCUGCUGGGGAGCAUCCAGCUUCUCCAGCAGCUGGCAAAUCACCAAGCACACCUCAGAGAUCUCCCUCGCAAAACUCUUAUUGACAUCGUGUCUGAGAUUCCUGAAUCUGUGUUUGAGGAGGUCCUGUUUGGCAUCUUGCAAAGUGACCUUGCUUCAGCCUUCACAUCUCCAGAGAACCUGCACCUUUUGCUUGUUGGCAUACGGAAAUUCCCUACUGUUCUGAAACCUAAAAAACUGAAGAAGCUGUUUGGCUCACCUACUGUUGUAAAUGAGGAAAAUAUUCCCAGACUUGUAGAGCUUCUGCAAAGUGCUGCCAAGUCUGAGAAGAAGGACAAGAAAUUGCCCAGUGUAGCGUUCGAUUUGCUGCAGGUUUCACUGAAGGAAAAUGCCUUUGAACUGUUCUGGGAAGAAGGUGUGGAGAAUGGGCUAUUGAAAGAAAAAUCAGGACCUUCGAGUUACAUGUGCUACCGGUUGCUGGGUAGUGCUCUGCCCUUGCUGUCUCUGGAUCAGCUGCAGAUGGUUCUUAAAGGGAAGGUGAUGCAGCACUAUGGAGAACAUGUGGUUACAACUCAGCUUCCAGACCGAUUUAAGUUUGCUCCAGAGAUGGAAGGAUAUAUAGAGGAAUUCCUGAGCAGCUGUGAUGACUCAGAGAGACAGCUGACAGUGAUGAUCGGCUUCUCUACUCUAACCAAUCAAGGCAAUCCAGUAUUCUCCAGCUCGUCCAGAGUGGUGAGACACCUGCAGCCAGUGGUGUUGCAACAAUACGUUGGCUGGCUCAAAGACAUGUUCCUCAGACCAGACUUUGACUGUUGUUUAGACUUCUGCAGUAAUCGGCAAAAACAGAACCAGGAAAACGCAAACGUAGCACAACAUAAGGUUGCUCGACUAAGAAAAUGGAUUAUCCACCGACUUGCUAACAUCAUUGAAAGUACAGUGAAAAAAGAAGAGAGCCUUGUGAUGGACAUUUCCAGGUUUUGCUUCUUUCAUGCUUUCUUUGAGGCUAAGAAAAAGACUUCCCAAAUAAAUGAGGCAAAUGUUCUUCCAGCAGAGCCCCUAGAUGAACAGGCUCAUUCAGUGGCAGAAAACUACUUCUUUGGGUUACUUCAGACUUUAAACACCAUGACCGUUUUGGGGGAUACAGCAAAGGCUGCAGCCUUGCGGGAGAAACACAUCCAUGGUGUUACUGCAGAUGGGAAGCUCUGGAUCUUUCUCCUUGUUGAGUAUGCCAACAAGCUGCUCUCCAGUGAACAUGUCAAAGCUGUGAAGCCUUUUACCAAGGAACAGAGGGAUGCCUGGGAGAGAACACUUCAGUCUGUGAAGAAGCUGCAGAAGGAAAAUAAAUCAGAUAGUGCCAAAGUUGUUGCUUUCCAGCAACUUCUGCUUUUAAUGGCUAUUCAUCUUUUCAAGAAUCAGUCUGAAACAAUGGAUGUUCUGAGCGACCUUCUGAACUGCACAGAGAGGGCAUUCAGCAAAGAAUCUAAGAAGAAGAAGACUGACAACACAGAGCCAGGAUGGGUCGAGGUGAUGGUGGAAAUCCUUCUCUCCCUCCUUGCCCAGCCAAGCCUACUCAUACGUCGGAUUUCCAAGAGCGUGUUUGUACGGAUAUGCCCUAAUCUGACCAAGAGGGGCUUGCAGCUGAUCCUGGAUGUUCUUGACCCAUACCAAGAGCAAAAUGAAGAAAGUGCUGUUGUUGUGAUGGAAGAAUCAGACAAGAAGAUCAAAUCUGCACAGGACACGGACGAGGAAGGAAAUGAGGACUCUUCAGAUGAAGGUGACUCUGAGAGUGACAGUGGAGAUGAGGAAAAGAAUGAAGAAGUCGAUGAUGAUUUUCGCAGUCAGCUGAUGAAUGUUCUUCAAGCAGGGAAUGCAUUG